AUGCUUGUAUUGACUCACACUGACAAUAGAAGUGGCGAAUAUUUGGUGACUAAAGGAGGCGAGUUGGUUACGGUCGCUGCCCCCGAUAAUUAUUUGUUAAUCUUCAUGUUGAUUACUUUAGUUAAAAAGCAGUGGAUCUGUCCUCUGACAAAUAUGAAUAUGAUAUUUCCAAAGUUAUCAUUAAAAUUCGGAGGUCAUUCUGUUGGAUCUCAGGUUGGUUCCAUUAAUUAUCGCGAUAUGGGCGUGGAGGGUGUUUUGCAUUUGUAUGGGUGUUCUUUCAACGUGUAUAACGUCAUUUUCGUCUUCAUUUGGGGCCUUUUCUUAUGGGAAACUUACUUAAAUCUCCGGCAACUCAAAGUUGCCAAAGAAGUUACAAAAUCUCCUGAGGAGAUAAAGUGUUUGAUGAACGAUGCCGAUUUUGACAAAUCUCGGCGCUACGCCAUCGAUAAACUGAAUUUCGAUAUUGUUAGUGGCUUCUACAACAUACUUUCUAUGUCUGUAAUUUUGCAUUUCCAACUAAUUGCUUGGGCUUGGUACAAAUCCAAGGAACACAUGCUCUUUAUCUGCUCGCAUACUCCCUGGUCGUUUGGUGUUACGGAGAGAAGUGAGAUCUCAUUUUCCCUGCUCUUUACUGUUUAUGUUGCUCUUUUUCAAUUUUUUGAAUCACUUCCUUGGAGUUAUUACCGUCUCUUCGUUGUCGAGGAGCGCUAUGGAUUCAAUAAACAAACGGUCGGCUUUUUCAUAAAAGACAGACUGAAGGCCCUUGUCGUUGGUUUGGUCAUUGGUUUACCGAUUAUUUCUGUGCUCAUCUGGAUCAUCAAGGCUGGUGGACGCCACUUUUAUAUUUAUGCAUACGGAUUUACAUUUAUCGUCUCCAUUAUCAUAAUGUUUGUCUACCCCGAGUUCAUUGCUCCAAUUUUCGAUCGCUACGAACGCUUUCCUGAUUGUGAAUUGAGGACAAAAAUAGAGGAGUUGGCUGCCAGUAUUGAUUUCCCACUAAAGAAGCUUUUUGUUGUGGAAGGUUCAAAGCGUAGCUCUCACAGCAAUGCCUAUUUCUAUGGUUUUGGGAAGAAUAAGAGGAUUGUCCUUUUCGAUACCUUAAUAAGAGGGUUUAAGAUGUCAGGUGCCGAGUCGGAUUCAAGUGAAAGUGCUGAUAAAACCUCUGAUGAGGCUCAAAAUCGCGGUUGUGGUGACGAUGAAGAAAUUCUGGCCGUGCUUGCUCAUGAACUCGGACAUUGGAAACUGAAGCACGUGACAUUCAACCUAGUCAUUGCACAAAUUAACAUAUUUUUCAUGUUUUUUGCAUUUGGCCAGUUGGUAAGCGUCGAUCAACUAUUCGUCGAUUUCGGACUUCCUCCUUCGGCUGCGCCCAUGCUGAUUCGCUUAAUUGUUGUUUUCCAAUUUAUUUUUAUGCCCUACAGCUCCGUUUUGGAAUUUUUAUUGACGAUGCUUUCUCGGAAAUUCGAGUUUCAGGCAGAUGCUUUCGCGGUAAGCCUCAAGUCAGGAGAAAAACUUAAAAGCGCUUUAUUGAUGUUGACGAAGGACAAUCUUUCAUUCCCUGUUUACGAUUGGUUAUAUUCAAUGUGUAAUCACUCCCAUCCGCCUAUUACUGAAAGAAUGGUGGCUAUCGAUGCUGAAAUGGGGAAGAAGAAGUAG